AUGUCGGCUUGUUAUAUCGUCUCUUAUCCUUUUGGUAUCCUUCCAGGAACCGCAUCACCACCACGGAUGCUGGCCGCUGUUCUAGUGCUGGCAAUCGCCCUCAUCCAGCUGGGAGCUGGUGAGCCAACUUGCAACCCAACCGGUCGGUAUCUGGUAGAGAACCCACGAGAUUGCCGUUCGUACUACUACUGCUUCGAUGGUCAACCGAUCUUCGGUACGUGUGGGCCGGGUCAUCGGUUUGACGCUUGGCGCCAAUCCUGCCAACAAUCGACGGUGCAAGAGUGCUUUCCUUGCCCAUCCUCCGGAGCCAUCAAUAUGCCCCAUCCGACGUCCUGUGGCAAGUUUGUGCUGUGCUUCCAGGGUGUAGCUCAUGAGCGAUCGUGCCCGACAGGACUCCUGUUCAACCGGCAGCUCGCUCAGUGCGAUCUAUCCUCGAAUGUGAGCUGCUCCUAA